AAAAAUCACGUGUCUACCAGGCUUUAGUCAACCCCAUAUUAGAAGAUUUGGUUGACUUAAUGGCGAAAUCUAAAUAUGAAUAUGUAAAGUUGUUUGAAAAAGAUGAUUCCUUAUUACUAAACACUUGGCUAGUGGUUCGUUUAGACGGAAAAAGCUUUCACAAAUUUUCCGCUGCUCAUCAUUUCGAGAAACCAAAUGAUAAAAAUGCAUUAGAUUUGAUGAAUCAAUGUGCUAUAGCUGUAAUGAAUGAGAUCAAUGAUAUUGUAUUGGGAUAUGGAGAAAGUGAUGAGUAUAGGAAGAGUUGCAAUUUAUAUGGACGUCGUGAAUCAAAAAUACUGACAACGAUAGUGAGCUUGUUUUCUUCUAAUUACGUAUUCCAUUGGAAACAUUAUUUCCCCACUAAGGAGUUAUUAUAUCCACCAUCAUUUGAUGGCCGUGUUGUAUUGUAUCCUUCUGAUGAAAAUUUACGAGAUUAUUUGAGUUGGCGACAAGCGGAUUGUCACAUCAAUAAUUUAUACAACACUUGCUUUUGGGCAUUGGUACAUUCAGGGAAAACGGAAUCAGAAGCCGAGAAUACUCUCAGA